GGAAACUCUCAGCUUCAGCAUCUUGCCAGAGCUGUGGGUGGAGCUCAGGAUGUGCUUACUCUGUGGCUUCUCCUCCCACAUAAGCCCUGCCCCCUCACACUUGGACAGUGGGAAGAUUAGCUUUCUUCCUCCUCCUAGUUCACUCCUCUGGCUGAUGCGCGCGAGGUCUUGCAGAAGCCAGGGACUUGCGUUCUGGGCUUGGCAAAGUGCAUAGGAAGAAGACAGGGCUUCCCGGCUGGGAGGAGGGAGGAGACCUGAAGAUCCCCGCCUGGGCUGGCUCAGCUAAGCAAAGUGGGCAGCUCAGUACUUGAAAGAGGACUGUGCUUGCACUAGAUAUCAGUAAGUGGGUGACUGUAUGGACUAAGGAAGGAUGAGUGUCCCUGGGUCAUGGGGUAGAUUUGAAAAUGUUGCUUGAUUUUAAGGGAAACUCGCAAAGCUGCUGGUUCUGUGUGCUUUCUGUGUCUUGUGGAGACUAGAGGAUCAAGCACAAAAAUCAGAACUCCAAAUGCUUCCUCCCAAUCCUGGAAAAUGGCAACUUCUACGGAGUAGUUGUGGACAUAAUCUUCUUUCCUGACCCCUCUUCCCUGGGAAUGUGUUACUAAAUCAGAUAGUCUGGAUUAAGUGGGAAAAGCGAAAUGUAAUAUUAACAGAAAUUGCAACUUUUUCUUGUGUUCUGUAUGUGCUGACAUUGUUAUAUAUCUAUUAGCAGUGAAUGUCAGGAAUGUCUCAGGCAGGGGCUUUAAUAGGGAAAUUGAGCUUUUAUGACCAGGAGAUAUAGUCUAUAUGUAAGGGAUUAAAUACAAAAUUUAUGUUAUAAAUAAUAGAUAGGUUUCUAAAAAUCAUUAAAGAGAGCAGUAGCCAGGAAGCAUUAAAGUGCAUGAUACAAUUUAGAAAAAGAAAAUAUCAUAUCCAUGGCUUCUUACAGUAGCCAAAAAUUUCAGGAUGUUUACAAAGUCAGAACAGUGAUUCGGGAAUACUUCAAUUAUUAUUGUGCAUUAUUAAUACUGUUGCCGGGCAAGAUCUGUGGUUCUCUGGUCAGCAAGUUCUGGCAAUGAAGCCACUGGCGCUGGUGCAAAGAAUUCUGGGAUGUCUGACAGUGAAAUGGAUGGAAGGACUCACAUUCCAUCUCUACUUAAUGCCCUUUUGUCCAGAAAUCCGGUCAUGCAGAUGAACUACUUGAAAAGUAAAGAACAAGGCUAUGGAAAGCUAAGCAGUGAUGAAGACCUCGAAAUAAUUGUUGAUCAGAAGCAGGGAAAAGGCUCUAGGGCUGCAGAUAAGGCUGUUGCCAUGGUGAUGAAGGAGAUACCGAGGGAGGAGUCUGCAGAAGAAAAGCCCCUCCUUACUGUGACAUCACAGCUGGUGAAUGAGCAACAAGAAAGCAGACCUCUCCUGAGCCCCUCCAUCGACGACUUCCUCUGUGAAACCAAAUCCGAGGCCAUUGCAAAGCCAGUGACGUCCAACACAGCUGUGUUGACCACUGGCUUGGAUCUCCUUGACCUGAGUGAACCCGUCUCUCAAACCCAAACCAAAGCCAAGAAAUCAGAGUCCUCAUCAAAGAGUUCAUCCCUCAAGAAGAAAGCUGAUGGCUCUGACCUCAUCAGUGCAGAUGCUGAGCAGAGAGCACAGGCUCUCCGAGGGCCGGAGACAUCAUCCUUAGAUUUAGCAGAUAUUCAAACACAACUGGAAAAAUGGGAUGAUGUCAAGUUUCAUGGUGACCGAACAAGCAAGGGGCACCUCAUGGCGGAGAGGAAGUCAUGCUCUUCCAGAGCCGGAUCCAAAGAGCUUCUGUGGUCCUCAGAACAUAGGUCUCAGCCAGAGCUGAGUACCGGGAAAAGUGCCCUCAACUCCGAGUCGGCUUCUGAGUUGGAACUUGUGGCUCCAGCACAGGCUCGGCUGACCAAAGAGCAUCGCUGGGGAAGCGCCCUACUCUCCAGGAACCAUUCCUUAGAAGAGGAGUUUGAGAGGGCAAAAGCGGCAGUAGAGUCAGAUACGGAGUUCUGGGAUAAGAUGCAGGCAGAAUGGGAAGAAAUGGCCCGGAGGAACUGGAUAUCCGAGAACCAGGAAGCUCAGAACCAAGUCACCGUCUCGGCCAGCGAGAAGGGUUAUUACUUUCACACUGAAAAUCCCUUCAAGGACUGGCCUGGAGCAUUCGAAGAAGGCUUAAAAAGGCUGAAGGAAGGGGACCUGCCUGUCACCAUCCUGUUCAUGGAAGCAGCGAUCCUUCAGGACCCUGGAGACGCUGAGGCAUGGCAGUUUCUUGGUAUAACCCAGGCCGAGAAUGAAAACGAACAGGCAGCCAUUGUCGCCCUCCAGAGGUGCCUGGAGUUGCAGCCCAACAACUUGAAGGCUCUGAUGGCCUUGGCUGUGAGUUACACCAAUACCAGCCACCAGCAGGAUGCUUGUGAGGCGCUGAAGAACUGGAUUAAGCAAAACCCAAAGUACAAGUACCUUGUGAAGAACAAGAAAGGCUCUCCAGGCCUCACGCGGCGAAUGUCUAAAUCCCCAGUUGACAGCUCUGUCCUGGAAGGGGUGAAGGAACUGUACCUGGAGGCCGCCCACCAAAAUGGUGACAUGAUCGACCCAGACCUGCAGACGGGUCUUGGAGUUCUGUUCCACCUGAGUGGAGAGUUCAACCGAGCGAUCGAUGCGUUUAAUGCUGCCUUAACUGUUCGGCCAGAGGAUUACUCGUUGUGGAACCGACUUGGGGCAACCUUGGCAAAUGGAGACCGCAGUGAGGAAGCUGUAGAGGCCUACACGAGAGCACUGGAGAUCCAGCCAGGUUUUAUCCGGUCCAGGUACAACCUGGGAAUCAGCUGCAUCAACCUGGGUGCCUACAGAGAAGCGGUCAGCAACUUUCUCACUGCCCUCAGCUUGCAGAGGAAGAGCAGGAACCAGCAGCAGGUCCCUCACCCUGCCAUCUCCGGGAACAUCUGGGCCGCCCUCAGGAUUGCGCUGUCGCUGAUGGACCAGCCAGAGCUCUUCCAGGCCGCCAACCUGGGCGACCUGGAUGUCCUCCUGAGAGCUUUCAACUUGGAUCCUUGAAGGAAAAGAAAAGAAAUAAAGGAUAAUAACGCCUCAUCUAAAAAAGAGACGAAACUAUUUUAUUAUGAAUUUCCAAAAAAAAUUUUUUUAAGGAUUAAAGCUGAGAGUCAAAAGGCCAUGGUCAUAUAACCCAAGGGAAUUGAUUCCUACAGCCCCAGUCUCUGUUCAGACCCAAAAGCACAAAGUGAAGGCCGGAUUCCAGAGAAGAACUGAGAUCCUCAGGACAAACCAAGAUAAGGUAAUUAUGUUCUCUUCCAAAUUGCAAGUGUACUUUGAGGGAUGCUGCCCCUAUCCCAGCCGGUGGCACAUCUAAGGGACAUUCGUGGGACAUAACACAACAAUCUGUCCACAGUCAGUGAACUCAGGCUGUCUCUAAACCGUCUCCCCCUUUUGAAAGACUGAACAUAGUUUGGGCCAUUUGCAAAAGGACAUGGCUUCCCUCUCGCCCAUUCUAACUUUGACUGUAAGCCUUUGUUUUCAGAGAGAGAGAGCUUUGCUGGCAAAAGCAGUUUUUGCACUAGAAGUUUUUGCUGUUCCCAAUGAAAUCCUUUCUAGGGUUGUACAUAAGCACUUUACUAUGUUAUUUAUGCCUUGCCGGGCUUCUGACUUGCUGCUCCAGUUUCUAACUCGGGGAGGGGGGAGGGGAUGUGGGGUGAAAGAUUUAAGAACUCAGAGUUGUUAGCUCAGUCAGUGGACCAAAUAAAAAAAGUUAUAAGAAUAGGUUUUUUUAAGUGUAGGGUUUGGAAGGUGUGUUUGCACAGAAUGUAAAUAUGUUAACCCAGUUCUCUCUGUGUGCUUCCUGGGAGUCCAUGGAUCUCGGAGGGAAGCAAAGCUCUGACUGCAUUCUCCCUGCAGAGGGGAGCUUGGCGAUUCUGCGAUUUCUAAUGAGUUGUGUUGAACUGUUUUCCUAUCCUGUUUUCCUGGCUUUCUAACUGCCUUGCACAACGAUACUUCCUUUAAACCGUUAGUAUUCCAAAUGGUAUUUCUUAAGCGUGAUAAAUACAAUGUUCCUAAAGUUGAUGUGUUUCCUGGGUUCCGUAAUAACCCCCACUGUCCAUGUCCUCACAUUGUAAGUGACAGAGGAGUCACAUCUGUAACCCAGCAGCACAGAGCAGCAGAGGUCUCAUCUGGAAGAGAUAAGCAGCACUCAUCGAGAGCCAGGCCUUCUCCACUGGCCGAGAAAUCUAACGUAAUUGUUGGCCUUCUACAUAUUUCUCCAGAUUACUUGGUGGGUGUUUGGUGCUUGGUGGUCAUCUCAAAAGAUGCAUUCAUUAAAAAAUUAGAAAAAUGUUGGCAGAACACUAACCAAAGUAACAUUUUGCUCAGCUCGAAUUCUAGUAAAUUACCCUAUUCUUCUUCCCUCUGUAGCCUGCCUGCAUCCAGAAUCUUCCUGAGAGUAGUCUGAUCCCAACUUUUCAUGCCCAUUGCUAAUUAAUAUCUCACUUUGGCUUCCAAACUUUGGGUAAAAGCCGAUAUUGACUGAGGAAUCAUCUACUAAUGAUAGGAAAUGUGCCAGAGGCUGACCUCUCUGCCACUGCACCAUUCCCUGGAUUGGGGGAUGCCUGAAGUUCAUAGGUCACUACAAACCCUUGAAGCUUAUCUAUCACACAGGCUUCCUGGCUCACGGGGACAAGGUGAUAAGACCUUGGUAGUGGCCUCAACCUUCACUCUUCACUGCUAAUAUUCCCUAUGGCAGAGCAGUAGCCCCAGGUUGGCAGCAGGCAUGGGGAGGCAUCGGGGCAUCCACUUCUGGGCACGGAAACAAGUCACACACUUUCUAACAGCAGCAAAGAACAGCUUGAGCGUAUUUCCAAGAGCAGAAUUUUCUAGACUGUUAGAAACAGAUUGGGAAGACGUCUUCAAGCCAUACUGCAGACAGUGGCCUUGCCUGCUGGGACAUUGCUGAUAGUGCAGCGACCUUUCCUGCCUUCUUUCUCGAUCCAAGUGUCACGUACUGACCAUGUGACUCCCCCAGAGACCCCUACAAGCCUGUGAACCAAGGGUUCAAAGAAAGUUUCACAACUCUUCUGGUCCUAAUGCUCUCCCGGGCUCUCCGUGGCACCUGAUCUUGCCAGGAUGAUGACCCACCUCGGCCUUGUCGCUUCACACGGAGAUCAGUCACGGCCCGACUGGUACAAAUAUGAGAAAUCCGAUUUCAUUUUAUGUUGCUGAGCAGUGUCAAAUAUGGUGGCCCAAGGUCCGUGUUGCCAUCAGAAUACCAAGUCACUUCAAACUCCAGGGAGAUGUUUUAGGGGACAUUUAAGAGUGUUCCACUCCACCAUGAGGGAGCAGUGUGUAGGGCUUUACCCACUCCUUCGGUUCUACUCAUCACAGUCCAGAUGUGUAUAGGCUACCACUUGACAGAAGGUCAAAGGCAUCACCUAAGAGGAAAGAGUUGCUAUGAUAAUAAAAAAUAAUAACUAAAAAGUAAAACUUUGUAGAAAUAGAGCCCUAGCAGACACUAAGCAGUGAGCUUCAGUGUCCUCCUUCUCUGCUCUCCCCCCCCCAUGCUUUUUAAAUGCAGAACUUUUAGGGCUUCUCAUCCUCUUGGCAUGAAAUUGCCUUGUCUCUUUCCAUUUGAAAGGGUGAGGCACUCUUCUGAGGCCCUGAGGAGAAGCCUGAGGAUGACAUUCAUUCUUGGCGAUGGCCUCAGUGGCUUCCCUGAACUGAUUCCUCCAGUAAAUUGGGUGAAAAUCCAGAGACCAUUCUUCUCGAACAUCUCUAUGCACAGAAGAGGCAGGAGAGAGGGAGACUGGGGGUGUAGCUCAGUGGGUACUGUGUACCCACCACUACAUAAACUGACCAUGGUGGUGCACGUUGUAAUCCCAGCACUUGGAAAGUUCAAGCAGGAAGACCUGGGAGCUUAAGGUCAUCCUGGGCUAUAGGAGGCACUGUAGAGACAAGGAGUGAAGAACCUUCUAAAGGAGUCAGUCUCUGUGAUUCUGUGUUCUCUGCACUUCAUCCUGACACCCCUCCCAAUGACGCACCAGAAACUUUAAUAACUAACAAUGAAGUGCACUUUCUCAGCCAGUCUGAUUUCUGCCAGAAUUGGGUAGGAAUGUCCACAAUAUACGAUAUACUCACUCUCAGAUUAACAUACCAUUUUCAUUGAGAGGUUCUGUUCUGUUGACUUGUAGAUCGCUGUCCAUAGUCUUUUACAAGGAAGUCGUUCUGUGAUAUUCCCACCGUAUGGGCUAGACUUGACCAUAAUUGUGGUCCAUCUCACAGUUUCCAAACCUCUUAACAUAGAGUUUACCUGUGCCCUCCUGGAGAAAGCAGAGAAAAGAGGAUGCCCACUCCUCACUUGUCUCUGAAUUGCUUAGGUUGAAAUGCACAUACAUUAGUGUUGAGAGGAGGGUAGGGUCUUUUUCCCCACCCUGAUAUGCUUCUAAAAGCAUUCUAGAAACCAGGUGUCUGGAAGAUUUAAUUUGUGUGCCACCUUUCUGAGACCUCUGAUUUUGGAAAGGGAUUCAGGGGCAACACCCAUGACUUCAACCUUGUAACAUAGCUUCACACUGGCUCCCCAUGCAGAGUCCCUACCCUACGUCCCACAUUGUUUAUAGGACUGGCUGAAUUAAGCAGUUUUGAACUAAGAGGUAGAUCCAUAUAUUUUUAAAGAGUGUUCAUAGAUCAACUAUGGCAUAAAGUUUGUAAAAAAAAAAGCAAUUUUUUUAAAAAAGCAAAACAUAUAACCUCAGGUAUAAAACUACUGCAUGCAUCAGUACUUAAAACCUGCCUAUGACUAUUAACCAAAGCAUGCGAGAUUACGUCACUGAAUGUGAACUGGCCCACUCACGCCAAGCAUGACUGGUGUCAUAGGCUAGCUUGUGUUUCCAUUCUUCUCAACAAGCAAGCACCUCCUAACCUUGUUCCAGUUUUUUCUCUUUGCUUUUUCCAUCUCGUCUUUCUUGUAGAUCGUUGGCCUGCUAUCAUAUUGGCAUUGACCAUGGCUCUCAGGUUGGUUCAUACAUUAUGGCUGUCAGUCUCAGGCCCAUUCUCUGAGGGACUCGGGUACAGACGUGGGUCCCUGAAAACACACUUGAGGCUCAAUAGAGCUAAAAGUAUGAAAAGGCCACACAACUGUCACUGCACAAGAAGUUUUGAGCUUUAAAUUCUUAAUAAUGGAUUUCAGGUUUUCUUUUCAGAAAGUUUGGGAAGAAAUAGAAAGCAUUUGGGAUUCUAAGCUAUCUGGGAAGGUUAAAGUGGUGACACACACAUGGAGAUUGCCCUAAGCAAAGCAGACAUGGGCCCUUAGUUUCCCACUGAGUAGUUUGUCACAGAGUAGCGUGUAAAGUGUUGUUCUACUUGCAAGGUCAAAGUCCCUCUCCCUUCAUAAACUCCAUUUGAUCAACCUGAUCACAAAUGCUCAAAUUUGGGGGUAGAAGAUGGUUUGAUUGUCAGUGGAAAUGUCAUUUCUGUGACUUUUUCUGUAACUCCAAUUUUAUGAAAAGGCCAGGAAAGGAGUGAUUUGAGCUCAGUUCAAUGAAGCUGGUGCUGGGGUCAGAGUUCCAGGGGUACAGUGCUUGCCUACCAUGCGCAAAGCUCUGGGUUUGAUCCCACACAGCAUUCAACUGGGCCUGGUGACACCCAUCUGUAAUCCCAGCACGUGGGAGGUAGAGGCAGGAAAAUCAGGAAGUCAAGGACAUCCUUGGCCGUACAGAAUUCAAGGCCAGCCUGUGUUGUGUAAGACACUGUCUCGAUAAAUGAAUAAAUGAGGCCUUCAGGUCAUAUGUGAAGAAUGCUCCAUGCCCUCCAGAGACAACCCCAGAGUCUAAACUACCUUUCAUACACACACAGAGAGGCCACGUAUGAAGAUGUAAACGAUUAGAGCAAAGCAAUAGUAAAUCAAAGUGUGAGACUUAAUAGUCUCUCACACGGCGCAAGGAUGCUGUGAUUGCUACAGAAAUACCACAUGACUGAAAGUGGUAAGGGGGGAAGAGCAAGGAAGCCAUCCAUGGCCACGCUAUGCAAUGUGUAUCUUUGGGACCGGCUUUGGUUUGCCUUUGAAUGGAGCGGAGAGGGAAAACGGCAUGCACACGAUAGAUGACUUGAAUUGUGCCAUGCAAGCAGUGUGUUCGUGUUACUGUCAGUGAAAGGACACAAGCCUAACUCAUCAAAUUCCUUCUUUUCCCCCAUAUCUCAUCUGACCCAAACCCUUCUCGAUUUUCAUCACCCAAAUUUGUUUACAUCAGUUGAGAAAAAACAACUGAUCAAGUCAGUAAACUUUUUACAGCCUACGAGAAGCAUUUACUACUUAGAAACAUUUCUAUCUAUUUUGUAUAUCUGUGAAUACUGCGUAUCUAAUCUAACCUAAGAAUUGUGUUUUAAGAAAAGCGCAAUGAUGCUACCUUAUGAUGCUCAAUGUUUAAAAUCUUGGGAUUUCAUUUUCAAGCUGAAAUAGGUAACAGAAAAACUUAAAACUUAACCUUAAAUGUUUACAUUGAAUUUCUAAAUUAAUAUCAAUUCCAAAUUAAGUGAUCUAUGCUCAAUUAAUGGCCAUGGGAAAUUUGAAACUUAUUGGCAUUCUAUGAGAUACUAUUUCUGUGGCAUAGUGAAUAAUACACAGCCUAUUCUGCCAUGUAGUAAGCCUUCAGUGUAGUCCUUCUCUGCAUUGCCUUUUGGAAUAAAACUAUGUAUCCUAACCAUGUAUCCUACUGAAAUGUUAAUUCACAGAUGACCUAUAAUUUGCCAAGUACUGAGCUUAAGGUAGUGUGUUUAUACUUUAUUGAAGGCUCGCCUUCCUUUUUCACAUUAUUAACCUGUAUUUACAUUUGUGUAGUUUUAAACUAUGUUUCCAAAUAAACUUUGUCUGUGGCUUCAUGGUCUUUUCAGAACUCUCUCAAGAAGGGAUUUGGGGUCAGACCACUUAAAGUCAAACAGAAACCAAUUACUACUGCUUUAAGAAGUCUUUCUGUCGAAUAUCACAACAUAUAAUUUUGCAUGAAUUAUCUGGAAAGCAGGAAUGCAUUUGUAGAUAAAGAACAAACCUUGAAAACCAUUUUCCUUUGUUAAUUUUUUAAGACUAAGAUAUUAACCUGAAAUCGAAAUUUGUGAUCUUUUUAGAAUAAAAGCAUUAAAAUAUGUGUCA